UUUGGAGCAUCCCAAACGACAUACAGCAGACCCCGGAUUCCUUUUCCAUCGCAUAAACAAACGCAACUCAUGCGAGUCAUUGCAGCGGCCGUUUUAUGGCUGCAGUGCAGCAUUUACGAGCUGCGAAGACUUCCAAAUCGCUGCCAGGUGUCGGAGGGAGUUGCUCCGAGCAUUGGCAGUAGGGUGGGGGCGGGCGAUGCGGCUCCGUAGACAAGAUGUGUGUGUUUGCCGGGGACAUGUGAGAAAAAUCAAUACAUACGCUUCCCACUCCCCAUCCCUCUGCACUGUGGGCCGGUCGGAUUAGGCAGAUGCCGUUCUCCUGCUGCUGUGCGCACCCACUUAUCGCGGCCAACAGGGUCAGCGCUUCCCAAUCAGAAAUCCCGCUCUUUUAUCCUUUAAUGGCCCCGGCAGUUCUGGCGGGAAUUAAGUGCGGCUGAGACAGCGGCCACCACCGCCGUUUGGCACGAACCCGCGCCGCCCACUCCACCGCAGCACUGGGGGAAUAGGAAUGGGAACUGGGAACAGCAGUGACGACGCAUUAAUAAAUGAGAAUAUGCCUCCUGCGAGGUGCCAGUUUUACCGGCGUGUCGCAACACUCCCCGCAGUCCUCACAAUUCGUUUUAUCCCCACGGGGGGUGAUAUAGCAAACAAAACGCUGAAGAAAUGCACAGGGAGAAAUCUAUGGCAACUUUGUUGAUUUGAUGACAAACAUUAUACUUAGGACUAAGCUUCAUCGAUUAGGCUUAAAAGAGCACAAUCCGAUGGAGCAUUGCAGUCAAAGCAGUCAUUGUCAAGAUAAAGCUGUGACUAACUAAAAGAUCCCCUUUUUGUUUGUGUUUCUCAGUGUAGUUGGAUGUGUAACUAAAAAAUUACGUACGCACUGGAUGUGUUAUAUUUGGGUCAGUCACCGAUGAGAAUUGUUAAACGUAAACAAGUCUCUAAACUUCUUAGUUUUCAAACGUCACUGCACCGAAUCAACACACACAUAAACACUGCCCACAGACUGUACUGUUUGUAUACCCUUUCCCGAGGGGAACCUGUGCAGAACGACAACAAGCAGCACUUGAACGCGCCGGCAAUCCCGGCCUCGAAACUUCCCCUUUUCCAGGAGCGGUGGUGCAUCCCAAUCCCCACACCACUGUACACCUCACUUGUCCACAGAACCCACCAGCUGCGCCCAGCGUAGCGAGACCCAUUUCCACACUGAAAGCAAGACGUGGUUCUUGUUCAAUUUUAAUUCAUAUGUAAGCACUUGAUUUCCAAGACCUGUCAUUCGGAACAUUUAAUGGUUAAUGCGUUACAUAAGUGUUGUACCUAAAGUAUAUGACAUCUUAAAUAACUACUUCGACAUUACUAUAGAUUGUAUUGAAAUUGAAUAAAAGGACAUCCAUAAACUUCAAAAAUAUAUUACUUCUAUGAUUAUAAUUCUGAUAUAUUUCUGACAUUCUUGAGUAUUUCCUCGCUGUGCAGAUCCCAGCUGCGAGAUGGUUGCCACGUCCUCCCUGCGGCUCAGUCACUUUGGACUUUAAUUGGUCCUUUGUGACUGCAUUUGUCGACGCUCUCGCUCGGCGUCUUCGACGCAAUUUGACUGCUGUCCUUGCGGCUGAUGCUUCCAUCAACCCCGGGGCUGGGAUUCUGAUAAGGAAGAGGAUAUCAGCUGCCAAAGCAGGCCGCUCCCCUCGCCGGAUUCCAGAUUCUAGAUUCCGGAGCUGCUGCCUCUUUAUUGUUAUUGUUAUUAUUUUGGGCUUUUCCAUUCGUUCCACGAAGCUUACCCAGAUUAGCUGGCUGUUAUUGUAGUUUGCCCGGCUCCGAAUUUAUUGCCCUUUUCCACCUCCUUUUUGCGUAUUCCCGAGUCGUUGCUUCAUUUGCCUCAAAUCUAGCUGGGUGACUUGUGAUUUCCCCUGCUCCCCGUCUUCCACUCGCUUUAUUCUUUUAACUGCUAAUAAGAUUUUGGCCCUUCUAAUGGCCUUGAGAAUGAAUGGGGCGAGCAGGCCGCCCUGAAAUGAUGAAAUUGUGGGGUGGUUGGUGGCUAGCUCUGUUUUAAUUGAGUUCGUGCCCUAUUCAAAUUGGCAUAGAAAUUAAUUUCAAUUAACUUUCCAGUCUUUUCGAGGAGGCUGUGUCCCUUUGACAAGUUGUGGAGCCUACUUUAUGGGGCCAAAAGAGGGUUGGCAUUUUGGGGAAUCCCCCAUCGACAGAACGUUUUAACUUGUGUGCUUGAAGUGUGCAACUUGUGUGCAAACUUUUAGUUCAUCCGCCCUAAACUAAGAAACUUAUACAACUAGUGUCAACUUAAAGUUGGCAAAUUUGUUGGUAUUUACACGAGCACCUGGCAAGAACUUGAGGUCUGCAUAAUUUAAAUGUAUAAUAAAUAUGUAAGAAACGGAUUCAAGUUGUCUUUUCUCAAGUGUUCACAGUGUUGACAUACAAAAUGUUGUCGGGCAAAUGUCAAUUUGUAUUAAGUUUGCAGCUACAUAUACAUAUACAAUCAAAUUAGUUCGAUGCUAUUUCGGCUACCUCUAAUAUACAUACAAAGGCACUUUGUUAAAUCCACCAACUCGGUGGAUUGUCCCAGAAAAACCAACCAAAAUUUAAAAUUUGCAAACGAACAGAGAAAAACGAAUCCUUUUUUGUCUUCUCACGCUGCUGGGAAGGAGAAGAAAGUAACCAAGAACUGGAGCACGACGACUUCACAAUGGGAGUCCUGCAGGCGAGGAGUCACCACUGCGUCGACAAAGUGGUGAAUGACCUGUGCCUGGGACACUACGAGCACGCUCUGAGGCAGAUCAACGAGGAUCUGGACGGCUUACAGAAGCACGAGGAGAUCAUGGCGCUGCUGGAGCUAAAGAACAUCCUUCUGAGACUGAGGCUGAAGGGCGAGGCCCAGCGGACCAUAGGCCCAACUCGCAAAUCUGACGCCCUGCCCCACAAGUUCACACUCGAGAUGCUGGACGUGGUGCAGAAGGUCCUGCGGUGCCGCAAUCACUACGAGGUGCUGCGCAUCUCUCACCAUGCCACCUACUCCGAGGUGAAGCGGGCCUACCAUAAGCUCGCCCUGCGCCUCCAUCCGGACAAGAACAAAUCGCCUGGGGCUGAGCAGGCCUUCCGGAGGAUCAGCGAGGCGGCUGACUGUCUCACGGACUGCCAGAAAAGGAUUGAGUACAACAUAGCAACGGCAGUGGGCGACUGCCACGACCAGGAUCCCUCGCAGUACAAGGAUUAUAGCGGGGAAAGUGAAAUGAAUGAGGCAAAUAUGAACGAUCUGGGAGCCGCUUUUAGGAGGCCUUAUCGGGGGGCCAAUCAGCGGAUGCCCCAGAGGCAGUCACUCUACCAAACACAGCAACUCGUCAUCGGAGUGGUGGCUGCUCUGGUUUUCCUCUUCGUCACCAUGUACUUCAUCGCAGCCGCUCCUGCUUACAGUUUCACGCUAACCAGAACCCACAGCGCUCGUCGGCUCAGUCAGACGAACCACAUUGCCUACUACAUGAAUCCGACGACUCUGUCCAAGUACACAGAACAGCAGUUGGCCGAACUGGAAGUAGAAAUCGAGGAGGUUUACAUCUCGGACCUCAAACAGAAGUGCAGGCAAGAGCGGAGUUGGAGGGAUAUACUGUUUCUCAGGGCGAGGCAGGGAAACAACGACGAGAAGUUGCUCCAGCAUGUCAGCCAGAUGUCCACUCCCGCCUGCCAGGCGUUGCUCCAGCUGGGAAAGUCUGGUCACAGUCCACUGCAGCUGGAGAACGAGUCUUCGAAGCAGGACUUGCCACUCUGAUACUCUGUACUUUUCUAUUGGUAGAUGUAGGGAUUAGUGCAGUGUGUAAAUAAAGAGUAGCUUUAUAUAGUUAUGCUAUUGUACAUAA